AUGGACAUGGUACAUCAAGGCAUGGAUGGUGAUGAACUGAUGUUGCCCAACGGUGAGCAAUAUAGCCACGCAAACCUCUUUAUCCGUCACUUAUCACGUCUUGUAAAUGAGGACGAGCUGCGAAGUAUCUUCGCCCCUUAUGGUGAGAUCCUCUCAGCGGCGGUGAUGCGUAAUAUACACACCGGUGAGAACCUCGGCACGGCCUUUGUUCGCUACGCCACAACAGAGCAGGCACGGGCCGCACUACUCGAGUGCAACGGACGGUCUGUCUGCGGCCGCACCAUUUCUGUGCAUUGGGCAAAGAAACAACACGAUGACACGCCUGUUGGUGAGGCCCGCAAGAAGAUCUUCAAACUGUUUGUGCGCAAUAUUCCACUUGAUGUGACGGUGGACGAACUCACGGCGCUCUUCCGCCAGUACGGCCCAGUGAAGGAAAUAUCAAUCCACAAAGACACCGCCGCUGUGGCGGACCGCCGGCUUGAGCGGCGCAUUGCGUUUGUGGCGUAUCUCGCCGAGGGAGCGGCGGAGCGGGCGGCGGAGUGUGUGCACAACACCCGUCCCUUUCCAAGCAGCGGCUCCAUUCCACUCAUGGUGAAACUCGCAGAAGAUUUACCCGCCCGCAGCCGCCGACGCGCAUCGUUGGAAGUCCCAACAGCAACAACGGCAACAACAGCAAGAAAGAUGACAUUUGGGGAUGUACAUGCUUCCGUGCGGCCAUGCGUGCAGACACACCCGACGGGCAUUUCACUCUGUGGUCUGCCGCCGCAGCCGGCCAGUUGCCCGACGUAUGCAGAUCCCAAUGCCGCUUCGUGGUCCUACACCCCGCCGCAUCAUAUGAAUGCAGCGCGGCCACUGCCCUACGAGAAUAUUGCCAAUCCGCGUCCAUGCCGAUAUUACCCUCCUUUUCCGCCUAUGCUGUCAAACGUGCGAGCAGAGAGACUCGCUCGUUCUUCGCUGGGACCCAUGGCCCACCAGAUGUCAGCAUGGCGUGAGUUCUCUCAACUUCCAGAGACAGUCACUAUCUACAAUCGCUCUUCAUCCGCAUAUGGAAUGGAGGUGGGUGGUGCCCCCUUUUCUCUCGCCGCCCAUCCGUCCCGUGGUGGGAUCUAUAGCAGCAAUUGUAGUUCCAUGUAUGCACAAGAGUUUGAGGAGACAUCGGAAAAAAGAAUGUUGCACCCACCCAUCUCCCACGACAGUGGCUUAAGGCAGCAACAACAAUAUCAGUAUCAGCAGCAGCAGCAGCAGCAAGAGGGAUUAACAGGACCAAAUAUAUCAAAGUGUGGGCCGCAGGGUUCCUUUUCCUCUAGUCCAGAUACCAUCAUCAGUGAAGAUGUUUCCACCGCCGGGGUCACCAACACAACACCCGAUAGUGCUUCACACAUAAGGCGGUACACCCACAAUCCAUACAAGGCCCUCCGUGAUGAGAAUCUUGAGGAUCCUGUAACUCCACUGAGCGUAGUGUAA